CCCCAUAUCUUUCAUCAGCACACAGUUGGCAAUGGCAUCAGAUAGAAGUGUUUCUGCUAUGCCUGCCAGAUGGUUGGACGUAAUGCUCCUCCACACAGAGCUAACUUGAGCUUUCCAGUGCUAACUUGUGCUCCUCCUAAAGCCAGCCUCUCUGAUAUUGCAGCUCCUGGAAACAGAGAGAUAAAACAGAGGAGGAGGGGCUGAGACCUGUUGAGGGAUAACGGGUGGCCGCGCAGCGCAGGGAGCAUCUCCAGCGAGCUGUGAAGAUCAGAUGGCUCUUGGCUGCAGCAGCAGGAGACUUACAAAGGGAAAGUGUGGGAACUGCAAGUGCUCUGCUGAGGGCUGCUCCUAAAGUGAUUCCUGCUCCGCAGAACGCCCUACUGCAACCUGCUGGUGAGGAGGAUGGGAUCUGCCCACCCUGAAAGGGGAGUGACAAGAAGGGUGAAGCUUUGCUGACUCGGGCAGCCUGGCCGGUGCCUGGAUGCACCUCCCUGGUGGGGAAAGCGCUGUCAAAACCAGUGGACAGGGAGGGUUUGGGGUGGCAGAGGGGCCAUGGGGCUGCUGUGGGCACUGCCCCACGGCUGGGCCAUCCAGUUGUCCCAGCACUGAGGCUUUGGGGACGCAGAAUCGGGUGUCCAGCUCCAUCAACAGCUCUGCUCUUCAUCAUUGCCUCGAGGACGUCGGAGAAGGAGGGCAAAGAAGUGGCUGAAAAAUGUAGGAGUGCUGAUUGGUUUUGUUUUUAAGCCUCCAGAAAUAGAACCUUUCUGUUUUCCUAGAGACUUCUGGGCUGCGUUUCUCCCACGCCGCUCGGGGAGCUUCUUCUCCCCAGCUCAAAGCAUUUAAUCUCGGCGUGCCCGCUCUCGGGUCUACCUUCACAGCAUCCAGGCCUCACCACAGAGCCAUGGGCUUGGCUCCAGCCCACCCCCUCCAGCAACUAUGAGGCGCUGCCUUUCCCGCUGCCAUCGCGAUCGGGAAGCCCUCGGACUUUUCAAGUGACGGCAGGGGGAGGGAAGCAGCAGUUGGAGAGGGAUGGCAGAGAAGUGCGACUGCAUCGCCAGCAUGUACGGGUACGACCUGGGCUGUCGCUUCGUCAACUUUCGGCCCCUGGGCUUCGGGGCCAACGGGUUGGUGCUGUCGGCCCUGGACAGCAAGAGCUGCCGCAAAGUGGCGGUGAAGAAGAUCACCAUCGGCGACGCGCGCAGCAUGAAGCACGCGUUCCGUGAGGUGAAGAUCAUCCGCCGCCUGGACCACGAGAACAUCGUCAAGGUCUACGAAGUGCUGGGGCCCAAAGGCACCAACCUGCCUGGGGACUUCUUCAAGUUCAACAUGGUCUACAUCGUCCAGGAGUACAUGGAGACAGACCUGGCCCGGCUGCUGGAGCAGGGCAAGCUUGCUGAGGAGCAUGCCAAGCUCUUCAUGUACCAGCUGCUGCGGGGCCUGAAGUACAUCCACUCGGCCAACGUCCUGCACCGUGACCUCAAGCCGGCCAAUAUCUUCAUCAGCACUGAGGACCUGGUGCUGAAGAUUGGCGACUUUGGGCUGGCCAGGAUCGUGGAUCAGCAUUACUCACACAAGGGUUACCUCUCUGAAGGCUUGGUAACAAAGUGGUACCGCUCCCCUCGCCUCCUGCUCUCGCCAAACAACUACACCAAAGCCAUCGACAUGUGGGCAGCAGGCUGCAUCCUGGCCGAGAUGCUAACAGGAAGGAUGCUCUUUGCUGGAGGUCAUGAGCUGGAGCAGAUGCAGCUUAUUCUGGAGACAAUCCCUGUUGUCCACCAGGAAGACAAAGAGGAGCUGCUCAAGGUGAUGCCCAUGUUCAUCAACAGCACGUGGGAAGUGAGGAAGCCGCUGCGCAAGCUGCUGCCCGAAGUGGACAGUGAAGCAAUUGAUUUCCUGGAGAAGAUCCUGACCUUCAACCCCCUGGACCGCCUGACGGCCGAGAUGGGGCUGCAGCACCCCUACAUGAGCCCCUACUCCUGCCCCGAGGACGAGCCGGUGUCGCAGCAUCCCUUCCGCAUCGAGGACGAGAUCGACGACGUCCUGCUGAUGGAAGCCAACCAGAGCCAGAUGUCUACCUGGGACAGGUAUCACAUCAGCCUGUCCUCUGAUCUGGAGUGGAGACACGACAAGUACCACGACAUGGACGAGGUCCAGCGGGACCCCCGGGCAGGGUCUGAGUCCAUCGCUGAGGAGGCGCAGGUUGAUCCGCGGAAGUACUCCCAGAGCAGCUCCGAGAGGUUCCUGGAGCUGUCCCACUCCUCCAUGGACCGAGUCUUCGAUGCCGACUGCGGGAAGUCGUGCGACUACAAAGUGGGGUCGCCCUCCUACCUGGACAAGCUGCUGUGGAGGGACAGCAAGCCCCACCACUACUCGGAGCCCAAGCUCAUUUUGGAUCUGUCCCACUGGAAGAGAGCGACCAUAGCGCCCGCGGCGGAGCUGUCGCUGGAGGAGGAGCCCUCUAACCUCUUCCUGGAGAUCGCCCAGUGGGUGAAGAGCACGCAGGUGGGCCUGGAGUGCCCCAACCCUCUCCCCGAGGCGCAGGAGCGGAGCCUGCCCUCUCCUCCUCACCAGCUGCGCAGAGAACCCCCAGAGGUGGGCGGCGAAACGGACCCCGAGUUUAACUUGGACGUCUUCAUCUCCAGGGCCCUGAAACUUUGCACAAAACCCGAGGACCUUCCGGACAAGCAGCUCGGUGACCUCAACGGGGCCUGCAUCUCUGAGCACCCCGGCGAGAUGGUGCAGGCAGAGGUGUACCAGAAGGAGCGGUGGUGAGGAGCGAGCCCUGCUCCGCCCCUGCCUCUCUUCCUCUCUGAUGGUGUGGCCAUCGCCUCCCCCGCCCCCCACCCCGCCGCCGGCUGAGCGGUUGUCAUCUGCCAUUGAGCUGUCACCCGUUCUUUUAACGCUGUACCCUUUGCCUUUGUCCAAAAAGGCGAGCACAAAACCACAUGCCCCUUUUGAUGCCUUAGAGGUACCUCCAAGGGAAUCAAGAGGUGUGAAAAACGAAAUUCUGAGCUUCUUAAACACUGCCUUAACACUCUUGCCUUGCGAUCUCUGGGACCCGUUUGAGACUUCAGCGCAGGAGGGAGAGCUGACAGCACGCAGUAAGCCUGCAGGCAGUACUCACCUCGGCCUCUUUCCCUUUCUUUGUUCUGUAGCAUCUCAGCAUGAUGAGGACAAAAUCAUCAGCGUUUUCCUUGCGCUUCAGAUGCCCCUCUGGGGCUUGGUGGCUUCCCCAGAAGGCCAAGCUUGGAGCUCCUCUGAGGGCACCGCUGUGAGGAGCGAUGCCAGGCAGUGCCUGCGGGCAGUCAUCAGCCGGCAGGGAGCGGACCUAGGGGGGGAGUCUGGCCGGCAGACAGAGGAGGACUCCUUGAGGAUGUUAGUGAGGAUGGGAUGUGACCUACAGAGCAUGCCCCACGUGGGAUCUCGUGGUAUGCCUGGCUGGGAGACAGCAGUGCUCAUGGAGCUCAUUCUCCUCGUUUGGUUUCUCACCCAUCAGUUCUCCUUCCCUUUGCAUGGGGUAGAUCUGAGCUCCCCCAGUGCUUUGGGAGGCCACCUAUGACCACACUUCAGCCUCACAACCUGGUGCUGCUAGCCCUGCCUUGGGCAGCUCCGCCCAGCAGGCCAGCAAAAGGUGGUGAGGAGGACCAGAGAGGAACUGAGAGCUAGGAAGAAGGUUGACCUCAUGAUGUGAUGCUGCCAGCCCUUCCUUGGGCAGCUCCACCUAGCAGGCCAGCAAAUGGUGGUGGUGAGGAAGACCAGAGAGGACCUGAGAGCUAGGAAGAAGGUUGACCUCACCACAUGAUGCUUCCAGCCCUGCCUUGGGCAGCUCCACCCAGCAGGCCAGCAAAUGGUGGUGGUGAGGAGGACCAGAGAGGAGCUGAGAGCUAAGAAGAAGGUCAACCUCACGACAUGACGCUGCCUGGCACCACCAGCUACACAGACCCAGCAAGGGGUCACCCACCUUUGCUAAGGACAAAAAGGAACAGAAGUACAACUGCUUGAAGCUUCUGGCUGUGAAAAAAGGAACCCACAACAAUACAAACCACAAAACAACAACAACAAAACAAGCCAACAAAACCCCCAAGCCAACAGUUCCUGCACCGUUCAGAACUGGCUGCUUCGCUGCCAGCUUCCUGCUGGCCUCAGUGGAGCAGCCAGGUGUGGUUUGUACAUAGACACAACUGAUCUACUGCAGCUUCUGUUCUCACCCACUCUUCUGAGCACCUUAAUUAACAAAUCAGCUAAUAGGAGUUUGUAUGGGGAAUAAACUGUUCUGUACUGGAACUUCAUCAAACCUGGCAGUUUGGUUUCUUUUUUUAAUGGAGGACCUGUAAAUAGCAACCUCAGAGCUGAUCUCCACCUUCCUCACCCCGUGCUGCCCACUGCUUUUUCUGUUCUUUCUUUGUGAUGAAGAUCUCCUGGAGAAACUCCUGUGCUUACUAACUCCAAGGUCCAUAUUUAGCUCUUGUUCCUGAAUAUUUAUGCCCUGCUGACAAGCAAUCUACUGAACUUCCUGAGAUAUGAAUGAAGAGAGUUCAUGUGACGCUCAGAUGACACCCAGCAGCAUUUACUGUGUUAGCCCUGGUUUCUCUUCUCUUCUGGGUGGCAUCAGGUAGAGGUUUAGCUGUAGGAGAGCUACUGCUAGGCAGAAAACUCGUUCUUAUGGUGAAGAUCUCUCCUUAGGCUGGUGGCAGCGUGGUUACUGCAGCUGGUUAGCAGCAUAGGUGUGGAGGCUGCCAGCUGCGUGGAUGGGAUGGGGGCAGAUGUCCUGGGGCAGGGGUGGAGAAGGCAACUGGAAGGCAAAGCUGUUGGAGGAGGCAACUGGAAGGCAAAGCUGCUGGAGAAGGCAACUGGAAGGCAAAGCUGCUGGAGAAGGCAACUGGAAGGCAAAGCUGUUGGAGGAGGCAACUGGAAGGCAAAGCUGCUGGAGAAGGCAACUGGAAGGCAAAGCUGUUGGAGGAGGCAACUGGAAGGCAAAGCUGUUGGAGAAGGCAACUGGAAGGCAAAGCUGCUGGAGAAGGCAACUGGAAGGCAAAGCUGUUGGAGGAGGCAACUGGAAGGCAAAGCUGUUGGAGGAGGCAACUGGAAGGCAAAGCCAUUGAAGAAGGAACCUGGAAGGCAAAGCCUUUGGGCUCUGUUCUAUGCUUUGAGUGUUUGGAUGUCCCCACCAUGGUUUAAAAAGGGGGGGAAUGAGGGAGCAACAGAGGGUUGGCUUCUGGUGUGUCGCAGAUCACUGAUAUACCUCAACUAAAGCUCAGCACUUUUACUGGUGAUGGAAGAAAUCCAGAUGCUGGAGGAGUGGAGCAGAGCCAAACCUGGCCCUGGCAGCCCACAACUCUCCCAUGGUCCUGCUCCGCUUUGCCAUGCGCCCAGCAGUGACCAGCAAAGACUGGGAAGGGAAUUUCUGGUGCUCCACUGUGUGCCCAGAGAGGAGGAGGAGGUGGCAGGAGUCACCCUCCUCCCUCCUGGUGCCACCCUGGGAGGAGGAGAUACGGCCCAGCCCCUGAGGUGGGAGGUGCACGAAUGCUGGAGAGGCAUCGACGGAAGAUUCUGUGUUUGGGAGCCAAGGGGGUUUAAACCUGGAGGAUGGAGAUCCACGAGGCAAGGGCCGACCUGCAGAAGUCUUGUUCUGCCAGGCCCAGCAGCUGCUGGUGGAGGCAGCGGCGGUCAGGCCGUGCCAGCCUUCUCCUCGGUGGGACGUCCACCUCCACCUCCCCCGCAACCAGACGCCGUGUUCCGCGGGGUGCUCGCCUCCGGGCUGAGUGCCUCCUCCCCUGGAGGCCCACGGGGCUGUUUCUUACGGCCGCGCAGGUAGCAGUUUCGCUUUUGAAUGUUGCCUUCUACGGAGGAGGAUCAGGAGCCGGAGGGGACCUUCUGCCCCGCAGCGUGGCGUGGGGUUAGCUGCGUGUUGCCGCCGCUCUGGAUGUCCCACCUCAGCUGGUGAGCUGCUGCUGUUGGACACUGCUCCAACACCUCAGCAUCCCGUGCUGGGAAAAAAGGUGGGAAGGGGAUAAGAGGGGUGGCUUCAGUCUGUCACCUGAGUGUGCUCAGCUGGUCACAAGCCAGGCUGAUUCCUCGUCUACAACAAUAAAAUUUAAGGCCUGAGUCUUC